AUAGAAAAAAAUAUGCACAACUUUGAGACUCCCUAAAAUUUCACUUUGAGACUUUCAGGGGUCCCAGCUAUCAGCUAAAAAAAAAACUCUUGUAACAAGUGUUGGACAGUACAAGUCAAAGUACAGUCAGUAUGUUUUCUAGAGCUUUGUUUUUCAAUGACAGAAACGAAGCUCUGGUUCAAAUAAAUACUGUAUAACGGAUAAAUGCCAGUGCUUCUUAACACACACUGUUAGUGAGCAGUUCCGUACUAUACAGGCGGCUUUAUUCGGAUUCUACUACGUGGUAGUGAGUAAUCUUAAAACGUGGCUGUCUGAUGAUUAGCAGCACCUGAAGGCAACACGGAGGGAGCGCAGUGUGUUGACGUCACAGGCUUACGUUAUCGUGCCUCCGCCACGGCUCAGCGGAGGAAAUCACCGGCAGUCGGUUCUUCGGUGCUCCGUGCAGCAGGUCCGCGGUGGAGAACAGACACCCUGCGGCAAACACAGUAGCGUCCGCCCGCUAAACUGCACGUUGUUUUUUUUUAUGUCGUUGUUGGUUUUUAUUGCGUCUUCCUGAGUCCUCUCCUCCCUGAGCAGCAGGGGAUGGGGGAAUGAUCAGCACCGACUCCCUUCCACCUCCUCCGCCUCCUUCUCCUCUUCCUCCUCCGCCUCCGGUCGGUCUCCGUGUCCCCCGUCAGUCGUCGGAGCUCUGGCCAGGAUGCGGGCCCCGCUGCUCGGCCAGGCUGCUGUACUGGCGGCCCUCUUGGCGCUGAGCACCUGCUUGACAGGAUCUCAUUUGUGCCCUCGAACAUUAGACUGUGCCCGGAUAGGACGACACUUCUGCCAGCCGGGCAGCUCCCACUGUGGCCCCUGCCUCCGCCCUCUGGUGGAGAACUCCCAUGGCCGCUGUGUGGUCAAGAGGAAGCAUGUUGCUCACUCUGCUCAGUCCAUUAAAGGCAAGAUGAGCACGUACCCAGAGCUGGAUGAGGAGAUCGACUUCCUCUCUGCUGUCAUCAGUGAACAGAGAACUGAGUCCAGGCUGCCAGCUCCACUCUCUCAGGAUGUCUCCAUGCCCAGAUCCAAGCAGCUCAGUGAGUCUGGGCCCACCCUCAGAGCGUCCACCACAGAGCAGCCCACCAGCCAGAGCAUGUCCUUUACCAGCACCGCUAAACCCAACACCACCAACCACACCCCGGCUCUGCUCAGCGAUCCCAUCAUCCUCCCCUACCCCUCCAACGACCAUAUUUUCAUCAUCAUGAGCAGCGUCUUCAUCGUGGCGGGCUCGCUGGCUUUGAUCGUAGCGGGGGCCUGUUGGGUCAGAUUGCAGAAAGGUGUGCGUCUAACACAGAAAGUGGACUACCCUGCAUAUGGGCUGAUGAGAGCUCAAACCUUUGACAAUUUGCCUGGGGACAAGAGGCUGGCCCACAGUGCCCAGAUGUACCACUACCAGCACCAGAAGAAGCAGAUGCUCUCCCUGGAGAAGCACAGGGACGAGCCAAAAGUUCCUGACUCAGGAGCAUCGACAGACGAGGAGAAUGAGGACGGAGAUUUCACAGUGUAUGAGUGUCCUGGAUUGGCACCAACAGGGGAAAUGGAGGUGAAGAACCCGCUGUUUGACGACUCUACCCUUUACCUUCAAAGGUUCCACAAGUAGACCUGGUCAUUCAGAGGUUCGACACGCCAAAUGCAGCACUUGUGUGUACAGAGUUGAAUUAACACACACACACACACACUCCGCAUACACUGCUGUGCUCAGUCCAACCCUUUUAAUGGACAGGAUAGAGAGUGUAAGGUACACGGAGAGGGAAGAGGAUAAGGAGUGGUGUUCAUUGACAUUUAAAGGAUGUCGCAGGCCUGAAUCUGGGACCAACGUCUCCCGUUCUACAGCCACAUUCUCUUCUUUUUUAUCUCAUCACUCUUUUUUCUUUUCUUUUUUUUUUUUUUGUCAGCAAAAUUACAAUCAACCAUUAUCUAGAAGAACUCAAAUGACCUCUGUCAGGUAGCAGUCAAACACUGAAUAUGAUAUUUUCUGUUCAUAAAACAGAGUCUGGUACCACUGAGCUAUGACUAAAUAUUUCUAUCAGUUCAUUGAUAGACAUCUAUUGAUAUCCAUGUUUAUUGAUCAGUAAAUACCACUUCAUUCAUUGAGUUCUCACUGCAGGCUUUGCUUUUAUUUGAGUAUUUUUAAAAGAAAUGUGAUUUUAAUAUUUCAUGGAGACACCUCCACGCAGCACCAUGAUCUGUAUCAGUAUGCUAUGUAGCCAUUGUGUUCUCGGUUCCUCUAUGCAUGAAUGGACGACGCUGUGUUAUGAAACCUGGGAGUCAAUAUGCAUUUACAGUUCCUACAAGUUUCUUGUGCAAACUUGCUAAUGAUGAUUCUAUAAAUACAUACAACUUGAAUGAU